UUCUGCCCACCCCGCUCCCGCGAGCCAGUGCCGGCUGGUCUGGCGCUGCCAGGCGCGGCAGAGGGGCUGAGCAGCUGCUGAAGGGCGGCUUGCCUGGCUGGCUCUCCCGCCCGUCUUCGCCGCCGGCCGGGCAGGCUGGAGCGCUCGCCUCCUCCGCGGGCAGCCUCAUGGAGGGGAGCAAGCCCAGCUCCUCGCCCGGCAGCCGGGACGAGGGCAGCCCGGGCGCCAACGCCUGCUUCCCGGCCAAAGCGGCGGACAAGGCGCUGGGCAGCCCCAGCGGCGGCGGCAGCCUUAAGGAGCAUGGCAACUCGGUGUGCUUCAAAGUGGACGGCAGCGGCGGCGGCGGCGAGGAGCCCGCGGUGGGCUUGGACGAUCUGGAUGGCGCCCAGCGGCAGUACGGCUUCAUGCAACGCCAGUUCACCUCCAUGCUGCAGCCCGGGGUCAACAAAUUCUCCCUUCGCAUGUUCGGCAGCCAGAAGGCGGUGGAGAAGGAGCAGGAAAGGGUUAAAACUGCAGGCUUCUGGAUCAUCCACCCGUACAGCGACUUCAGGUUCUAUUGGGACUUAAUAAUGCUUAUAAUGAUGGUUGGAAAUCUUGUCAUCAUACCUGUUGGGAUCACAUUCUUCACGGAGCAGACAACAACACCAUGGAUUAUUUUCAAUGUAGCAUCAGAUACUGUGUUUUUGUUUGAUUUAAUCAUGAACUUUAGAACUGGGACUGUUAAUGAAGAUAGUUCUGAGAUUAUACUGGACCCAAAAGUCAUCAAGAUGAAUUAUUUAAAAAGCUGGUUCGUGGUUGACUUUAUCUCAUCGAUACCAGUGGAUUAUAUCUUUCUUAUUGUAGAGAAAGGAAUGGAUUCUGAAGUAUACAAGACAGCUAGAGCACUUCGCAUUGUGAGGUUCACAAAAAUCCUAAGUCUGUUGCGUUUAUUACGACUCUCAAGAUUAAUAAGAUAUAUACACCAGUGGGAAGAGAUUUUCCACAUGACGUAUGAUCUAGCAAGUGCUGUGGUGAGAAUCUUCAACUUAAUUGGAAUGAUGCUGCUACUUUGCCACUGGGAUGGCUGCCUUCAGUUCUUGGUCCCAUUGCUGCAGGAUUUCCCACAAGACUGCUGGGUGUCGCUAAAUGGUAUGGUUAACGAUUCAUGGGGGAAGCAGUACUCAUAUGCCCUCUUCAAAGCCAUGAGCCACAUGCUUUGCAUUGGUUAUGGAGCCAGAGCCCCCGUCAGCAUGUCUGAUCUCUGGAUAACCAUGCUGAGCAUGAUUGUGGGGGCCACCUGUUACGCAAUGUUUGUGGGCCAUGCCACAGCCCUGAUUCAGUCUUUGGAUUCCUCAAGGCGUCAGUAUCAAGAGAAGUACAAACAAGUGGAACAGUACAUGUCGUUUCAUAAACUGCCUGCUGACAUGCGUCAGAAGAUCCAUGAUUAUUAUGAGCAUCGUUACCAGGGCAAGAUCUUUGAUGAGGAGAGCAUUCUCAAUGAGCUCAACGACCCACUUAGAGAGGAGAUCGUCAACUUCAACUGCCGGAAGCUUGUUGCCACAAUGCCACUCUUUGCGAAUGCUGACCCAAAUUUUGUUACUGCCAUGCUGAGCAAACUAAGGUUUGAAGUGUUCCAGCCUGGAGAUUAUAUUAUCCGAGAAGGGGCCGUGGGGAAGAAGAUGUAUUUCAUUCAACAUGGGGUUGCUGGUGUCAUCACUAAAUCCAGUAAAGAGAUGAAACUAACAGAUGGGUCCUACUUUGGAGAGAUCUGUCUUUUGACCAAAGGUCGCCGCACUGCCAGCGUUCGAGCUGAUACUUAUUGCCGAUUGUAUUCUCUCUCUGUUGACAAUUUUAAUGAGGUUCUGGAAGAAUAUCCCAUGAUGAGAAGAGCAUUUGAAACAGUAGCCAUUGACAGACUGGACAGGAUAGGAAAGAAAAAUUCACUUCUCCUACAGAAAUUCCAAAAAGAUCUCAAUACCGGCGUUUUCAACAACCAAGAGAGUGAAAUUUUGAAGCAGAUAGUAAAACACGACCGAGAGAUGGUGCAGGCUGUAGUUCCAUUGAAUUUGACGCAGACAUCAGCACUGAAUUCGAACACUUCAAUUGCAGCCUCGUCGAUGCAGGCCAGGACGCAGUCCCCACCUGUGUAUUCUGUUCCCAACCUCUCCCAUGGGAGCCUGAAUUCUCCAACACCAAGCACACAGAUGCCCCAGCAAGCCACCGUUUUUUCACCCAGCCCCAGCCCCUACCCUUCAGCAGUCUGCAGUCCUCCAGUACAAAGCCCUCUGGCUGGUCGAACUUUUCAGUAUGCAACACCUACGGCUUCACAGCUGUCGCUACUACAGCAGCAGCAGCAGCAACAACCACCACCACCACCACAACAGCAGUCACAGCAGCCACAGCAAAUGCCUGGCACAUCUCAGAAGAGUGAUGUCCAUAAGAGCACGCAAGCUCUUCACAAUGCUAGUUUGACGAGAGAGGUGAGGCCUCUCUCUGCCUCGCAGCCUUCUUUGCCACACGAAGUUUCCGCUAUGGUCACUAGACCUCAUCCAACAGUGGGAGAAUCAUUAGCUUCCAUUCCCCAGCCGGUCUCAAGUCUCCAAAGCACAGGCAUCCAGAGCGGAAGCAAAGGGACAGUGCCGCAACGGGUCUCCCUUUUCCGCCAGAUGUCUUCAGGAGCUAUUCCACCUACACGAGGGGCCACGCCAUCCACAGCCGUGCCACCAAAGGAUUCUUCCACAGUCUUAAACACUGAACUUGAGGGAGAUAAACCACGGUUUGCUUCAAAUUUAUGAUCCAUGCAGACUUAUGAAUAAAGCAGAGAUAUUAACAGGAACUGAGAUCACUACCAGGAAACAAUGUUAACAUAUUGUCUCCAGCUGUCUGUUUUGAAAAAGAAAACUGCAGACAGAUCUAACUCUUAAAUUCGAAUGUACAAUAUAGAGAGACAGACAGACAGACAUCCAAAAGAAGAGAUAUCCAAAUAGCCUCUCAUGUCUUCCUUUCUUAUAAACUGUUAAAUGAGUCUAAAACUGUUGGUUGUGAUAUGAUUUAUUUUUAACCUGCUUCACUGUUUAUAACAAGAUUUCCUGUUCUGCUGGAAAUUGAAAUUCCAUGGCAAAAUGACAGUAUUAUUAACUCCAGGAACUAAGCCACAAAUUAAAUUAAAUUGAUACAACACACGUUUGUGGGGUAUUAAGAGCUGUUAAUCAAUGUUUUUGGUUUGUAUUAAUCAAAGAGAAUUGAAUCACACUUCCCAUUUUAGAGAUCCAGUUUCCUUUUAUGGUGCUUUAUAUUCAGGUUUAGAUUGAAGGACCAAUUAAAUUUUGACUAUCUACAGAAGAGGGUCUAGCGUUGCUUUUUUUCUUGAUGAAGUCUAGCCCCAGAAUCACUCUUUUUAAGAAAGCUGGGUGUACUUCUGUCUUCAUAUUGAAAAAAAAAAUAGUGGAGACUCAUUAAUCUCUCUGUAAAUAACUUUUUAGACCCAAAUACUCAUGACAAAAAUAGCUCCUGUGUGGUGUACCAUCGCAAAGUAUUUGUUUAGAAAUUUAGUUUCCAGCUCUUCAUGCCAAAAUAUAACAUUUUAAAAUUUUACUAACUAUAAAAUGCAACACAACUGUAAUGUAAUGGCUUGAGACCUAUAAUGCUACUUUUCCAUGCAGUGUUUUAAUGCAAAAUUGUAUGCUUGAUCCUGCUAAGUGUAUUUCACCAGGACCAUCACCUUUCUCAUCUUUACCCUGGACCGUUAAUGAAAAUAUUCCAUGCAUGCCUGUUUGUUUGUUUGUUAGUUUGUCUGUUUGUUUAAUUUGGGGGGGGGGUCAAAACCAACCAAAAGAAGAAUAAAAAAGUACAUCUUGCAUCCCAAUAUUAGAUUGUCUUCGGUGGGAGGGGUGUCUAACAUGUAUCUUAAGUUUAGAAAACAAUAAAUGUGAAUUGUCCUUUCAUUUCCUAUAA